GUGUGCGUCUGUGCCUUUAUGCUGAUGUAGGUUGUGUGGAUGUUGCUGUUUUCUGUCUGCUGCCUCCAAUUCCUCAGUCACGGCUCGUGCAGAAUCCACCACAUGGAGCAGAGACUCUUUGCAGAGCCUGACACUAAAAGGCACCAAUGUGACCAAUGUUCCUACAGCACGGAUCACUUUGGACACAUGAACCAUCACCAGAGAACACACACGGGUGAGAAACCCUUCAAGUGUACUGUGUGUGAGAAGGCGUUUACGUUGUCAGCACACCUUCGCAGACACGAGAAAACACACACGGGCGAGAAGCCCUUCAAGUGCACCGUGUGUGGAAAGGCGUUUACAUUGUCAGAACAUCUUUGCAGGCACGAGAAAACACACACUGGCGAAAAACCCUUCAUUUGCACUUUGUGUGGGAAGGCUUUUACAUUGUCAUCACAUCUUCGCAGACACCAGAAAACACACUCGGGCGAGAAGCCAUUGAAGUGCACUUUGUGUGGGAAGGCAUUUGCACGGUCAUCACAUCUUCACAAUCACCAGAUAACACACACAGGAGAGAGGGCCUUCAAGUGCACUGUGUGUGGGAAGGCAUUUGCACGUUCAUCACAUCUAUGUAAUCACCAGAGAACACACACAGGUGAAAAGCCAUUCAAAUGCACUGUGUGUGGGAGGGCAUUUGUACGGUCAUCAGUCCGAAAUAAGCAUCAGAAGAUACACAAGGAGAGGAAGGUGAAAUUGAAAUGUGAACGUUCUGCAAGGAGCUCGUCCCUUGUGAAAAAAGAACCAGAAGUAAAUACCAGCUUUGCAACUUGGCCAGGAGUGAAGGUGGAAUAUGAAGAUUUGAUUCCAGGACCAGACCUCCAUAUAAAUGGAGGUAGCAUGAAGCAGGAGGAGGGUUUGGGCUCUGAUGGAGAGCGAACCGACGCUUUGCAGUUAGAAGAAAGUCGAAAUGCUGCAAUGAAACAAGAACCAGAAGAAAAUUCCAACUUUAUAACGUGGCCAGGAAUGGAGGUGAAAUCUGAAGAUUCGACUCCAGGCCCCAACCCCCGGGUCGAUGGAGGCCAUAUGAAGCAGGAGGACAAUUCAGAUUGAGGGAGUGUGAGACGAUCCCUGCAGUUACUGGAUGUGGAUCUGUGUGGUGAUGCAGAGUAGGAGUGGUUAGGAUGUGUGUGGGUAAAUGUGUAAGUAAGAAACAACUUUCAAAACGUUCACUUUAUUCAUAUACUUCUCUGAUUAUUAGAAUGCAUGCAGCUAAGUGUAGGCCUCAUUCAGUCAGAUAUUAGCUUUGAGUAAAUUACGUAAUUGCAGUGAAGUCUUGAAAUAUUGUCAAUUUGCAGUCUCCUCGGAAUGCCUUUGAUAUAUUUUUAAAAUAUAAUUCGGUGCUUACAUCUUAAGUAAUUUUGAGUAUAUAUAUGAACUUUGGAGUCCCAGAAUAAUAAUUGUUUGCCUUUUGCCUUUACUUUUAGACCAGGUCAAAUGAUAAAA